UAAAAUAAUUUUUCACUUUUUUCAUUACCGAAUUAUGUAAAAGUGUCUGCAAAACUGCUGCACACAUUUAAUAAUAAAUAUAAAUACUGAUUGCGACUGCAUUUCAAUACGAAUUAUUAUACUAGUGUGAUUUUCAACGACCUCGUUAUUUAUAAAGAAAUAAUUUAAAAUGACCAAAGGAAAGAAAGAUGUUGAAGACGAGUAUUCCGCUAAACUGGACAUGUGUCUCACUGAUGGAAUUGUAAAAACCGGUGGUGGAGUGUUAUUAGGAACAUUGACAUCAGUACUGUUCCUUGGCAGGCGGAGAUGGCCCAUAAUAGCUGGCUUGGGUGUGGGUAUAGGGCUUGCAUACGCCAACUGUGAAUAUGAACUAAAUCCAAAGAAAAAUAAUACUGCAUAGUAUUGAUAUCAACGAUAAGGGUCUACUAUAAUCAGAUAAGGGAAUUCACAAGUUACAAAAAUCAUGUGCAGUUGGAAUCGCGUUUCUGGCGGCUGUUGAAUACAGUAGGCAAUUAGUUAAAAAUAUUGUAAUUUUGUUCAUGUACAAAUGAUUAUUAUUUAAUGAUUAUCUAAUAAAUACUUUUAUUUGUUCAA